AAGCUCAGGCGGCGAGCUUGUCGCGCGCGGGGGUUGUGAGGGCGAGGGGUGGGUGGGGGCUUUUUUGAAUGAUUUCUGCAGCUGGGGCUGAGCCGAGCCGAGCCGGUGCCGGAGGACCGUUUGGCGGCGUUUGUCCUGCGGGGUAGCAGCCCGGUCCUUAACAAGGUCUUUGGCCAUGAUCGCCCUCCUCUUGUGGGAUCAUCUCCGGGCGGGCAGCUCCGAACUGGACUGGUGCGAGGAUAACUACACCAUCGUGCCCAUCAUCGCCGAGUUUUACAACACGCUUCACCGCAUACAGGCAAUCCACAACUUGCUACUUAGCAUCAGAGGUUCAUGCACUCAUAUCCUCAGAAUUAUCUUCAUGGGGCCACCCAUAAAAGGCCGGUUCAAAGCUGCAGUGGGCAUUCUUUCUGGAGUCACUACAUGCCUCGCCUUUGUUAAGCCCGCCAUCAAUAACAUCUCCUUGAUGACAUUAGGUCUUCCCUGCAGCGCCCUGCUUAUUGCAGAACUUAAAAGGUGUGACAAUGUCCGAGUAUAUAAGCUGGGAUUGUUUUCUGGCCUAUGGUGGAUGUUGGCACUAUUUUGUUGGAUUAGUGACAAAGUAUUUUGCGAGAUUUGGUCAUCUUUAAAAUUUCCUUAUUUACACUGCGUAUGGCACAUCCUCAUCUGUAUUGCAGCUUACCUGGGCUGCGUCUGCUUUGCCUAUUUUGAUGCUGUCUCUGAGAUCCCCGAACAAGGCCCCGUCAUCAAGUUCUGGCCCAGUGAGAAGUGGGCAUUCAUCGGGGUGCCCUACGUCACUCUCCUCUGUGCUCACAAGAAGUCUCCCCUCAAGAUCACUUGAAAGGCCACGGAAGCGUCCUGUCCUCUUUAACUGCGGUUUCUCCAAAAGGCCUGAAUCUCUUGCGGGAAGAUUGCCCAAGAGGGAGGUCCUUGCGGAAGCAAAGGACACCUGAUGAGGGGGGUCAGAGCAGAAUCUCAAAAAAAAGUUUGUUCUGAGGGGCCUAAGAAAUGCCUGAAUCCGUCCAACGAGGACACACGGAAAGCAGAAAGCCUGUAUUUCCACAAGUGCACCUCCCCAUCCCCUCCAAAAAAGUAAAGUUAUUUCUCUUCUGCUUUGACUGCCUGUCACGCUCUCGGUGGGCAAGGAACUGGGUGGCAUCUUACCCUGCCACAAUAAGCAAGGGUGUCUGUCUCUGCAGGUGUGUUGUUGGCUGUGUUCUGGUUGGGAAAUAAUCACCGGAUUUGUGUAUUAAGGAUUUAAUAGAAUUGCUUUGCAGCUGUUCCCUCCUCUGCUGCCGGUGUAUAUUUACACAUUAAUUGAGCAAAUGAAAUCCCUUUAAACUCCGUGGUCAGUUUAAAAGGAGUACAAUCCUUAAGAAGCUGGCUCUCUUCUUAAUCCAUCAAAAUAUGAUAAACAAACGACAGUGGUGGUUGUUUUUUCAAUCCGUAUAUAAUAGUUCACUCUUUGGAGACUGGUUUACUGCAAGAUGUGGGAGAAAUGUCAGUGAAGGAAAAAAAAUGUCUUUGAAAUGACUGGUUGUGAGGCUUUACUUGGUCUCCAGGCAGUUAAGUAAUAUUUCAGCUGAGUUCUCGGAAGGAGAGCAAUUCAGCAAUCUACCCAAUUUCUGC